AUGGUCAAACGACAAGCCGAAAAACAGUUAACCGACCGGAAUUGGAACGACCAGGAACCCGAUGAUACUCCAUCUACAGGAGCACUGAAAACUGCAUCCCUUCAAGCUAUCAGUAAGAGGCAGAUACGUAGCUUACCAAAGAAGACUGGUGCAUCAGCAUCCCCAGCUGCUUCGCAAUUUGGGGCCGUCCCCCCAUUCCCUGCCAUCAGUAAACCUGCCUCGACACUAUUUAGCCAGCCAUCUCAAUCGGUUCAACCUACACCUUCUCUCAAUCUAUUUGGCAGUUCGAGUAGCUUUGGAGCUGCCAAACCCACUUCUUUUGGGAGCGCUCCGUUGGCCAUGUCGACCUCGUCUAGCUCGACUGAACCUCCGAACACUGAAGCGUUGUUCGACUACUAUGCAUCUCUACGUGGUCUGAAUCUAUGUGCCACAAAGGCCUUCGACGAACUCAUCACGAAAGACGCGUUUGUGGACCUUAGCAGCGCCUUCGAUCAUGUCAAGCAGAAAUACAACGAACACCGCCGUGAGAUUCAAGCCAAACUUGAACGAGUGCAGCCAUCUACAACCGAUAAAGCUAGCAUAUCUUCAACUGCCGAGGCACCCGCUAAAUCACUUUUUUCCUUCGGCUCAAACGGAGCUCAAAAGGCAUCAAGCAUCGGAAACACGUCUUCUACUGCCGAGGCGCCUGUGAAAUCUCCGUUUUCCUUCGCGUCUAACGGUGCCCCAAAGGCAUCAAGCACCGCAAACACAUCUUCAACUGCUGAGGCAGCUGUGAAAUCUCCUUUUUCGUUUGCGUCAAACGGAGCCCAAAAGGCAUCAGGCACCGAAAGACUUUUUACAUCCCUGCCGUUUUGUCCUCCAGAGCGUCUUUCCGUGUCUGAGUCCGAGCAGCAACUCUCUCCCGAUGAGACCGAGAAGACCAGCUUACCUUCUACCAAUGGUUCAGCAGCACCAGAUGGAAAGGCUGGCUCUAGACCCGGCGCGUUUACAAUGGCUGCACCCAUGCGACCUUCGCCUUUGAGAUACGAAAGUCAGAAUUCCCCAGCAGCCAGCCCGGCCCCGGAAUCUGCAGAAGAAGCCGCGAAAAAUCCUUCCAGUUUAGCUCCGAUCGCUGAGCUCUCCAAACCUGAAUCUUCGCUCUCAUUAAAUGCGGAGACUGGCAACCCGCAACCAAAAUCGAAAGAACCGAAUUCCGAUGGCUCUUCACCCACACCUCUUCUGUUCUCGGACAGUAAAAACAAGGCAUCUUCUCUUUUUGGGGCCGCUGGGGCGUCUGCAGCUGGGAAUUCACUUUUCGGGUCGUCUUCCGCGUCAAAUCCUUUUAACUUUGGUUCCUCGUCGUCACAGAACUCGCCGCCCAAAUCGUCUAGCCUCGGUUUUGGGUUCGGGGUAGGAGCCGCUGGAAGUUCCGGUGUGUUUGGUGGGUUUGGCUCCCCAAAGAACGCUUCUAACCAAGCUACCCCCUCCAAGAAUGCAUUCAACCCCGUCGGCUUCUCGUUUGGCGGCAGUCCACCAACCUCGUCUGCCAUGCCAACCAAGACAUCGGAAGCAGUUCCGUCUCAACCGGGAUCAACGACUAAUAAUUCCAAUAGCAAUCUGAACGAUAAACCCAAUACGAGUUCAGACAACGUACCGGAAAAUGAAACGAAAAGUUCUGAUGAUCUGGUCACUACGACAGAAAUAAAAGCUAUCGAUUCAAAGAAGGGAGAGGAAGAGGAAGAAACCCUCUUUGAAACUACUGGUAGAGUUUAUGCUUUGUUGGACAAAAAACAAGAAGAUGGGAAGAUCCAAAAGAGCUGGGUCGGUUGGGCUAUCUCUACCGUCAAAUUGAACAGGCAUAAAGUGACCCAACGAUGUCGCAUCUUGGCUAGAAGUCAAGUCAACCAAAGCAUCCUGAUUAACUUCUAUGUGAGACCGAAUCUUAAACCCGAGAAUCGAGGCAAUGCGGUGGAAGUCUUAGGCUUUAAUCCCGAAGGUACCCACCUACAGGCUUACAGAAUCCGACCUUCAUCGGUCCAAGUGGUCGAAGAAUUCUUAAAAGCCAUUAAGGGUGUUGUAGAAUCACUAUCCGAAUCUUGA